AUGACAGCUCAGUCUCUUAAAGAAAUUACAGCGCAUAAUUUACGCACUUUCAAGCAUCAUUAUGUAUCCGAAAUCUCCGGUUCCCUCGGUGAUCUGGGAACAUUUUUGCCCAUCGCCAUUGCACUAGCUAUGAAUGGCACUGUCUCGCUGGCGAGUACUUUGAUUUUCUCCGGUGUUUAUAACAUUUUGACCGGUUUAUUCUUUGGCAUUCCACUUCCUGUCCAACCGAUGAAGGCUAUUGCUGCCGUUGCUAUCGCCCGCAGCUUCUCGAAUGGAUCGAUCGCAGCCGCUGGAAUCUUCGUCGGUGCCUGUAUCCUCGUCUUUAGUCUUACAGGACUGCUUCACUGGUUUGCAAAUGUCAUCCCUAUCCCUGUGAUCAAAGGUAUCCAGGUCGGCGCGGGAUUGUCUUUGGUUAUUUCUGCAUGUGGCGGCAUACUCGCCCCCUUGGGAUGGAUUAGCCCCUCCUGGGCUGACAAUCGCAUCUGGGCACUGGCGGCGUUCUUUGCUCUGAUAAUUACCAAUAUCUAUCGUCAAGUUCCUUACGCCUUGGCCCUCUUCGCCCUUGGCCUUAUCCUGGCAAUUAUUCGCACCGCUCUAUCCGGCCAUUUACCAGGAUUUGAGAUAUGGCAUCCCUUCGUUGUGAUUCCAGGUCCCCAUCAGUGGUGGGUUGGUGCUGUCGAUGCCGGUAUUGGCCAAAUCCCGCUCACUACUCUCAACUCCGUUGUGGCAGUCGUGCACUUGUCCCAUGAUCUCUUACCUAACGUUCGCACCCCAUCCGUCACUCAUAUCGGUCUCAGUGUCGCCGCGAUGAACCUCCUGGGUUGCUGGUUUGGCGCGAUGCCAGUUUGUCAUGGUUCCGGAGGAUUAGCGGCCCAAUAUCGCUUCGGUGCUCGCUCCGGAGCUAGUGUGAUAUUCCUUGGAUUGCUGAAGCUUGUCAUUGGCCUUCUCUUUGGCGAAACGCUGAUUGAUCUGCUGCAAAAAUUCCCAGGCGCUUUUCUUGGAGUCAUGGUCAUCGCGGCUGGCCUUGAACUAGUUAGUGUCGGAGAGAGCCUGAACACUUCUGGCGCUCGUGAUGUGAGCCAUGCUGGCAGUGGCUUACUUGGAGACGUGGAACAACAUCUUGGAACUGUCUUUACGGAUGAAGAGCGUAAGCGCCGCUGGACGGUUAUGCUGGUGACGGUCGGUCUGCUGGUUGGAUUUAAGAAUGAUGCUAUCGGUUUCAUUGCUGGUAUGCUAUGCCACUGGGCUUAUGAUAUCCCGAAGUGGUGGGAGAGUGCCCGCAGACGCUGGUCAGAAGGUCGUCUGCGUUUGCAAUAG